CUCCAAAUGGACAUCAGAUCAGCCCUAGCAGUAGCUUCUGCAAAUCAGGUAGUGACCAAAGACUACUUGAAGGUGAUCAUUGACAAUCAAAAGGAAGCAUACAAGCUGUUCAGACUUAUUGGCGCAAAUUCUGGAAACCGCAAGAUGGAAGUAAUUCUCCAACAACACAGUCCAUCUCCAAUACCACAGCUCCCUAUUGAAGUCAAAGAAGGAGAAGUAUCUUAUAUUCCUUCUCAUCUGAACUUGACAAAUCUAAUCCUUGAAGCACAGCAGAGAAAUCCGGAAAACUCAGCACAGCUUCUAUCCAGCUCAGGACUGGAUGGAACAGAAUUUAUAGGUACAGUUGUUCACCACUUCUCAAAUGAUGCUCAAUCAGAAGAAAGACGUGAAAAUUUAAGGCGCAUCAAAGAACUAUGUGGGAACAUGAAGGGCAUCAGUGAGGUUGCCGGAUCUUCAAAGCGCAAGAGAAACUGAAGGUUCUUUUCAUCAAAACAGGGGGAAAGUAUGUGAGAACACUAAUGUGUUUUGAUGCAAACACCUUCUUGUUUUAACAUUGCUUGAUUGGUUUAAACAUUGCAAUAUUGCUUCAACAAUUUUCUUAAUUAUGCUUAUUAUGCUCAACUAUACUUAUCUCAAAUAUGAUUCUGAGAAUUUUUUUUUAAGCGCAUACAUUCAGGGGG